AUGAAAUUGAGCAUACAAUUGGAAAUAGGCCAACCAGGCAGGACGUCGGCGCAUCGCACUGUUCAUAAAUUCACCUUAUUUUCCGCGGCGAGGCAUUUUGUGCAGGAAAACUCCCUACAGAACGGUGCAAGAAAGGUCGAUCUUACUACAGAGUUAAAAGUAUAACAUAAUCCAGUCCGGCUAUCAACCAAUCAUGAGGUCCAGAUUACUUCAGCUCCGGCCCCUCGCCGCCCCCCUCCUGGGCAGCUUCAGACCCCGCCCCAUCCACUACCAGACCGAGUCUUCCGGGAUCAAGCUCAGCGAGACGUCUAACAGUCACUACAUGGAUCAGCGUCGCAACACCGCCCUCGCCAACGAGUUUGAACCCAGGGAGGUCUUCAACGAGCGUGCGGAGCGACUGCAUCUCAAGGAGUUGAACGGAGGCAGUCUUCAUCUGAGUAAGAAUGAGGAGACGGGCAUGGCUACCAUUGCAAUCAGUAAUCCCAAAUGUGCUAAUGCCAUGUCAGGUUCAAUGAUGGUAGACUUGGCAGACAUAGUCGCUGACUUGGAGAAAUGGCAGAGAGGGAAGGCUCUUAUACUCCACGGUGACCCGAAUGGCAAGCAUUUCUGCUCCGGUGCUGAUCUGAAGACCGCUGAUGCAAUGAGCAGUCCGCAAGCUGGUGUGGUCAUGUGCCUGUUCAUGCAGAAUACCCUGUCCAGAUUACAGCAACUUCCGUUGAUCAGCGUGGCAGCGGUGAGCGGUAACGCCAUCGGUGGCGGUGCUGAGAUCAUCACAGCUUGCGAUUUCCGUCUGGUGUCCCCAUCAUCUGUUAUCCAGUUCAUCCACGCAAGGAUGGGGUUAUCGCCAGGCUGGGGUGGUGGCACCAGACUGGUGCGAUUGGUAGGACCUCAGACGGCGCUGAAACUGAUGGCAAGCGGUGAGGCCGUCCCCGCUGCGGAAGCCUUGGGACUCAGCCUAGCCGACGAUGUCAUCGAAGGCGAUGAUGUCAUCGAGCAGGCCUCUGAUUGGUUGGACAGAUACACCGGCCAGUCGGUGGAAGUGGUGCGGUCGAUCAAGAACGUUGUGACGGCGGCGUCGCAGCUGUCUCUGGACAAGGCACUGUCGAAGGAGAAGGAUAUCUUUGGAGGGUUGUGGAAAGGACCGGCCAACAAAGCGGCCAUCGCAAGAGCGCUGUCCAAAAAUUGAAGGAACUGAAUAAACCAAUCCAUCAAAUCCCUGGACACUGUACAUGUGGGAAAUGAUAAGUAUACCUCUA